AUGGUCAAUCUUACAAAACUAGAGUUCACUGCCCUUCAAAGUUCAGGCAGGAACUACCUCUCAUGGGUGUUGGAUGCUGAAAUCCACCUUGAUGCAAUGGGUCUUAGAGACACCAUAAAAGAAGAAAAUAAGGCAUCAAAUCAAAACUGUACACGAGCAAUGAUAUUCUUGCGUCAUCAUCUUGACGAGAUUCUGAAAAUCGAAUAUCUGACAGUUAAGGAUCCACUUGUUUUGUGGAAAAACCUAAAAGAAAGAUUUGACCACUUGAAGAUGGUCAUACAUCCAAAGGCACGAUAUGAUUGGAUGCAUCUAAGGCCACAAGACUUUAAGUCUACACAUGAGUACAAUUCUGCCAUGUUCAGAAUCACUUCUCAAUUGAAAUUAUGUGGAGAAAGGGUUAGUGAGAUUGAUAUGAUGGAAAAGACGUUCUCCACUUUCCAUGCCUCUAAUGUGCUCUUGCAGCAACAAUAUCGAGAGAAAGCCGAGCAAAAUGAUGAUUUAUUAUUGAAAAAUCAUGAGAAUCGACCUACUAGAUCUGAACCACUUCCUGAAGUGAAUGAGGCGUACGCCCACCAUGCUAGGCGUGGAAAAGGUCGCGGUCCUAAUCGUGGUCGUGGACGUGGUCGUGGACGUGAACGUGGUCGUGAUUAUGGUAAAGAACGUAAUUCUAUUCCUGAAGAACAGUUCAAGCCUUCAGCUGUUCUCGCGUACUUCGGAGGAACUAAUCGAUUCAUCGGCUUCCGACGUCAUUCGGGUGUUCGUGCUUCCGUUUACGGUGGAAGUUCGCUCGCCUUGCUCGUCUGCUCCCAGUCGCUGCAUCAGAAAAGGUAUCGUCAUAUUCUUCUUAAUGUCUCUCUCGUUUCACCUUCUGGUUUGAAAUGA